AUCACCCGACGUCGCAACCGAAAUUUAACCAAAUAUCAACAUCUUAUGAUGUUGUGUGCCUGUUGUGUGCCUGCUGGGCAGGUUUUCACUCAGUCCUGUUACCCUAACACAUUCCCCCCUAUAAAAAACUGGGAAAAUUCCCCAAGCCACAUUUUCAACAUGAUAUUGCAACAUCUUGAUCUUCUGAAGGCAAUGAAAUUAUCAAAAGCAUGCGGUCUUAUUUUCUUUUCUGUAUAUUUGAUGAUAUUGUAACGGUGGCUGGGAGCGUCAUUAUAAAUAUACUGUCCUGUUACCUAAAUUAUUUCUUAGAUGUUACUUGCUUAUUUUAAAAAUACAAAUCUUUGGUGAAUCACUAUAAUUUUCUGAGUAUUCUCAUAAUAUUAGCAUGUACUCCAUGUGGCUAGAUUAUAUGUAUUUGCUAAUUUUAUCCUAAAAUCUCAAUCCUGUUACUUUCAGUCCUGUUACUCAUAUACUCAUUUAUCCUAUACUUAUAUAUAGUAACUGAGUAAAAGUAACAGGAGUGAGUAGUGUCAUCAGAUUUAUUAAUGUAAAUAUUAGGCUACAUCCAUAUUAAUCUAGACAAACCAUUUUUCUCAACGCUUUGGCCUUCUAUCCACACUGAGACAAUGCUUUUGCCCAGAGAAAACCUAUGGUUGUUCCUGCAUUUUUUGUUUAAUAUUACAUUCCUGCAAGUAUGACAGAAAAUGUAUGAUUUCUGUCCUGUGGCAAUUAUGUAUUAGACUCAGAUAUGGAAUGGCGUUUGAGUGUGAGCUGCGCUAUAAGAAAACAAUAUCCACAGAAAAACUGAAAAGAAAUUAUUUAAGUUAUUAUUUUUAAUUUCAUAUUUCUUUCAUUAUUUAUAUGUUAUCUUAUAACCUGUCCUCUACCCCUAAACACAGCCCUAACAAAAACCUCUGCAGAUCACUAGAUUUAAAUAGAAACAUGAUUUGGCCUUUUUUAGCAGCGAGGUCAGCUCACUAGUUGAUGUUCAACACUUUCACUAUAUCAGUGUGGGCAUUAAUACCUCAGAUAUGUAGUCAAACCUGUAUACUAAUAUAAUGGAUACUCCUUCCUGUUAACCAUUUCAUUCCUGUUACUAAUGAGUUUUUUUUCUUUAAAAAAUAAAGUUAAACCACUACUUUUUAAAUUAAGUUUGUUCCAUAAUUUAUCCCAUUGUUUAAUAAAUUGCAUCAUAGAAAAUUGAUAAGCUUGAGGUUUGAGUAGCCUUUAAAAUGAAAAAAAUGGUGUUGUAUACUUUAGAAAAAUACACUUGUAGAUAAAUAGUGAUUUUUUUUUUAAUGAUAAAAAUAAUGUUUUUUGACCAUGAAACGGACAAUUUCUUUAAAAUAUAAACACCUGCCUGAGGGGGAAGUGAAGGAAUUUGUUGACUUUUAAAAGACAUUACAGUGUUUGGGAACAGGACUGAGAACAAUGCAUCCAUCUUCCACUUAAAAAACGGGUAAAAAAUUAAAUAAAGUCACCUGAGACGGACCAAUAAAGAUUUUGAAUAGUUAAACGUGUAUUACUAGAUUUAGUCUUUUUUUUUUAAAAAGAGUUUUUUGAAGAGUUUUGGAAGCAAAUGGCACCCAUUCAGUGCAUGAUACGUGUAUGAAUUAAAUUAUGAAGAAUGACAGAUUAGAGAUGAAUUUUUCUCUGUUUUAUAUGCUUUCUGCAAGCAGUUUCAAAAUUGACUUUAGUAAAAAGUUGUGUGGACAUGUCCCACCCACAGUAACCUCAGAAUAAGCUUUUUGAUUUUUUUUGCAGGAAAAAAAAAAAGAUUCAGCAAUAAACGUAAUAGGGGUGGGCAGAGAACUUCGCAUAAAUGCGGCGGUACUUGCUCCACAUCUCAUGAGGAACCCGACAGUUGUGGAAAGACCAGAAGUACCAGAAUACAAGUAUGAAGUUCAACACAGCUUUGAGUGUUGCCGGAGCCAUACUUCUCAACAUAGCAGGUUCCCUCUGCCAGUUAGAUGUAUGUGGUCGAGCCCCCCUCAACAACAAGAUUGUUGGAGGGGGGGAUGCAAAUGCAGGGGCUUGGCCAUGGCAAGUCAGCAUUCAAUCACUCAGAAAUGGUCAUUUCUGUGGCGGGAGUCUAAUCAAUAAAGACUGGGUUUUGUCUGCAGCUCACUGCUUCCAAGAAAUCGAUGCAUCUAACGUUGUGAUGUAUUUCGGGCGUCAGCGUCAAUUGGGCUUAAACCCUAAUGAGACAUACAGGACAGCGAGUCGGAUCAUUAAUCAUCCAAAAUAUAACUACUUGUAUAGGUACGACAAUGACAUAGCACUGGUCCAGCUCUCCUCUUCUGUGACUUUCUCUGAUUAUAUUAGGCCAGUUUGUCUGGCGGCAGCCGGUAGUGUAUUUGGUGGAGGUACGGAGAGCUGGAUCACUGGAUGGGGACUUCGAAAGCCUGGAGGCACGCUUACUGAUAUACUGCAGGAGGUGCAGGUACCAAUUGUGAGCAACAACGACUGUUAUAAUGCUUUUGCAGCGGUCACAACAAUCACAAGCAAUAUGAUUUGUGCUGGAGUGUUAAAUGGGGGAGGUAAAAAUUCAUGUCAGGGAGACUCUGGAGGUCCAGUGGUCAGUAGGAACAGCUCCCUGUGGAUUCAGUCUGGCAUUGUGAGUUUUGGAUACGAUCCAUGUGAUAACCCUAAAUAUCCCAGUGUGUUUGCCAGAGUUUCUCAGUACCAGGAUUGGAUCACCUCUAACAUAGGCAGCAACCCACCUGGAUUUGUCAAAUACCACAACAGUGGAUUCAGAAGUUCGCUCAACCUCCUUUUAUUUUCAGUGUCUCUCACGUUCUCCGCCAUUCCUUUCACCUUCUAUCUCUCUUCCUAAAGAUUGUUUGAACAGUUAUUCUCAGGGUUCUUUGAUGAAGAGCACAGUUGUGUUGUACACGCUCUCGUGAAUAGGUGAAAAGGGCAGUUAUAUUGUUAUUUUUGUCAUUUAUUCUUUAUCUUUCUAAAAAUGUACUAUUCUUGAAAAUACUCUUCUUGACAUUAUAAGAGCAUGCACUAAUGAAGUUCAGCUUGCUUGUGCCCUCUGAGAUUCAGGAUGUUUGAUUGAUCAAUAUUGAUUUUUUUAUAACUAUACUGAUUAUUUGUAUGUUUAUAUGUUUAAUAACUGGUAUAACUGAUAUAGGGUCUGAAAGGGAAAAAUGUAAGCAACUUAGCUACCUCAGUAUGCUUCCUCAGAUUUGAUGGUGAACUUUUGAAAUCAGAAAUUUCCCUGAUGAAAGUUAUAACUGAAACUGAUGUAUGUGUGCUUGAUGCAUGAAAACAAACCUCAUUGUUCUCAUAUGCGUGCACAUUUGAGCUUCCAUUUAUAUUUAAUGUGCAUAAGACAAAAUAUAAAAAUGCAAAAAUUACUUUUUAAGUUGAAAUAAAAUUGUAAGGACUAAAAAGUACAGUUUUUUUUUUCUUCAGAAAUGUAUUGAAGUGAAAGUACAUUUACAUUUAGUUAUUUAGCAGACGAUUUUAUCCAAAGGAGGACAAUAGAAGCAAUCAAAACCAACCAAAGAGCAAUAAUAUGUAAGUGCUGUGACAAGUCUUGGUUAGCCUAACGCAGUAUACAUAGCACGUUUUUUUUUUUUAUAAUAAGUAGAUGGAAUAGAAAAAGAAUAGGGAAUGCUAGUGUUAGAGGGUCAUUUUUUUAAAUAAAAAUAAAACAAGUCAAAAGAAUAGAUAAUGCUAGUAUUAGAGGGUCAUUAUUUAUAAUAAAUAAAAAGAGAACAAUAAGAUAGAAUAGACAAAGCAUAGAGAAUGGUAGUGUUAGAGGCUCUUUUUUUUUCUUUUUAAAUAAAACAAGUAGUUAGAAUAGAAGUAGAAUGGAGAGUGCAAGUGUUAGAGGGUCAAGAGUUUUUUGUUUUUUAUCUUUUUAUUGGGGAAUCCAACAAUCCAAUAAACAUUGUAACAUACAUCUUAUGAUUCCACAUGACAAACAAAAAGAGAAAAUAAGAAAGAAGACCAACAUACGAAGCACCAGAGCAAAAAGAUAUUAGAAAAAGGGGGAAAAAAUUAUAAAUAAAUAAAAAUAACAAAACUUUUCCCUUAACACCCUCCCCACCCUAGGAACUUAAACCAUACCAUAUUAAUGGGACAGUCAACACCACAAAUCUACUCGAACUGUGCUAUCCAGGUAAUGGAGAAGGGGAAACCAAUUCUUAUUAAAGGAGUCCAGUUUGUUUGACAAAAUAAACCGAAUUCUUUCCAAAUGUAAUAACUUCAUUUCUUCCAACCACAUUUUAACAGAUGGGAUUUCAGUCUUUUUCCAAAACCUUAAUACAAGUUUUUUUUUUGUUUUCUUUUUGCAACAAUAGGCCCAUAGGACAAUAACUGUUGUUGACUUUUUUUAAUGAAGUAAGUUUUUCUGAGAUUCUGAGUAUCACCAAGAGUGGGUCAGGCUCCAAUUCAGUAUGAAACAUAUCAGAUAGAAUUUGAAAUACAUUAGUCCAAAAUGGAAUUAACUUGGGGCAAAGAACAUAACUGUGCAGGAGAGUGGCUUCCUCAAUCUGACACUUAUCACAUAGUGGGGAGACUUUGUUUUAGCAUAAUGAAGACGGUGAAGGAUCUUGAAUUGGAUAAGGCAAUGCUUAGAAUUGACGAAGCAUUUAUGAAUAUGCUGUAAUGCAUUAACCCAUUGUUCCCAUUGUGAUCUUAUCACAUCUAUAUGUGGCAAUAAGUGGUCAGGUAGGGGGAAGUUACCAAUAAUAAUAAUAAGAAUCCUCUCAAUCGAAUACGCCACCUGGAAUACACCAGGGGCCUGUUCCAUAAAACAAGUUUACCAAAUAAACCAGGCUUAUUUCAGUAAUUCUCACUUAUUUUCACUUGAUUUGGUUUCUGAAAGCAAAAUUACCAUAGCUCAAGCUCAGUCACUGUGGCAACUUAUGCUGGCAAACUAACCUGGUCCGGAGCAGGCUAACUGUCCGGCUAAGCUGAGCUCCUCUAACACGGACCAAUAGGAACGCAUCGAUAUUACCACUGACUCUCUCACAUACAAUUAGUUGACUUUAUUAUUAGUCCAAAAAUACAAGUAUACAGAAAAUAUACCUUAAAUAAUCAAAAAAAAAAAAAAAUAGGCUACAACCAACUGUAUUUAAUGUAUUGUGCCCAAAAUAGGCUAAUGACAUUUUAACAUAGUUGCUACUUGCGUGUUUAGUUGAUCAGCAGUUUCUAGCCAUGCAGCCUUUCUCUCUGAAUUUAUGACAGCUGCACCUUUUAUGGUUAUUAGAACAUUGAAACAUUGCAAUCUAAAAUGGCUCUUUAAAGCAUUAAAAACAGUAAAUCAAAAGUUAAAAAUCACUGAAUUAAAAAUUAAAAUAAAUAAUACAAAUCAGACUACAUUUUAACUGAUAAGAGGAACAUACAUUUAACUCAUUUGAGCUAGUAUGGCUGUAUUAGCCAGCUUACAUUUGAUUUACAGUUACUGCUAUCAUAAAAAUACACUUAUAAGUAGGAUUAAAAUUCUAUGUGUCACAUUUAAUGUCCAACAACAAAUAUUUUAGCAGAAUGUAUAUUGUAUUCGUAAUUCUUGCGCUAUUAUUCUAUUCUGCUCCGUCUGUGUAACGCGCAGCAGCGCUCGUUCACUCACGUAAGCCUCGCCCACUCCUGACAGCAAAAUGGAUAUAUUUGCAUGACUUUCUAACAUUUACAGAUGAAAAAUAUACUUGUGACGUGUCAGUUAUACACUGAGGAAAACAUAACGUCUCAAAUGCAUUAAACAACACAAAUAUUUGCUGUUUGCCAUGGUGGAUCGAUUUGAUCCAUGAUCGACAUUAAGGGCUGCUUAAGAAUAAGCGUGCACAUCAAAUUAUCCUGACUCACUGAACCUGGCUCGAAUUAGUGAGAUUGCGUGAACUUAAAUUGUCGUUUAUGAAACCGCUUUAGUCCCGACUGAUUUGUUAGGUUAUUUCAAGUCAGGUUUUGAA